CAAACAAAAAGCAAGGUGGUUGUGCUUUAGAUUGAUUUUUCUUCCGAUGUAAAGACUUAGUUUUGUGUUCCGAACUGCGAUUUUAAGUGUAAAAUUUCUGAAAAUGGAAUCCAAAUCGCCCUACUUUUCUCCCAAGAAAACGCGCAACUACGUCAAGCAGUCCGGUUUGAAGGCCACUUUGCUGCAAAAAGCGAUCCAAGCACGGGAGGUCACUCCGGAACCGGUGGCCAGCACGUCCGUAAACGAAAAAGCAUCGUUUCCAUCGGUCCCCCAGAUCAAAAUCGAACCGCUGGACGAUCCACCGGAGAAGAAACCUCGCGCUCCGCGGCGCAAACCAAUCAAGGUCGAAUCGAGUCCGGAUCGACGGCAGGGGGAUGGCCCGCAAGUGGAAGUGGUCGUCCACAAGUCGCCCCGGAAGCGCACUCCCAUCAAGGAGGAAUGGAUCGAGGGCUGGGAGCCGGUCAAUUGGCGCCCAAUGCUGGAAAACAUUCGCCGGAUGAGGCUGGAACGGCCGGCACCGGUCGAUUCCAUGGGCUGUGACCAGUUUCGGGACGAUGUAACGGUUCCGCCCAAAACGCGGCGCUUUCACACGCUGGUUUCGCUGAUGCUUUCGAGCCAAACCAAGGAUCAGGCCAACUUUGAGUGCAUGCAACGGCUGCGCAAGCAUGGCCUAACGCCGGAACAGAUGGUGGCCACCGACGUCGAGACGCUGGAGAAGCUCAUUCAUCCCGUUAGCUUCUACAAGAACAAAGCCAAAUUCAUCCGCCAAACGUCCGCGUUGCUACUGUCCACGUACGACGGGGACAUCCCGGACACCAUCGAAGGUCUCAUGAAGCUGCCCGGGGUGGGCGCAAAGAUGGCGCACCUGUGCAUGGGCGCCGCCUGGAACAUCGUGACCGGCAUCGGCGUCGACACCCACGUCCACCGCAUCUCCAACUGGCUCGGCUGGGUGCCGCGGGAGACGCGCACCCCGGAGGAAACCCGCCUUCUGCUCGAGCGCUGGCUUCCGUUCGAACUGUGGGAAGAGGUGAACCAUCUGCUGGUGGGAUUCGGCCAGACCAUUUGUACCUCGACGUACCCACGGUGCAACGAGUGCGGCAACGCGGAAAUAUGCCCGGCCCGCGGCAAGCACGGUAUUCGGCGCACGCCGAUUAAGAAGGAGAUCAAGCAGGAGGAUUUGGAGUUUUGAGCGGGAAAUAAUUUCAUUACGUUUUGCGUCACCUUUGAGUACAACUUUGUUAAGUCAGCGUUAAAUAUACAAGUCUUCCGUUGUGAACUAUC